AUGACCAAGCAGGAAUCACUCGAAGCGUCCGAUGCUGUCGACCUCGCCGACAGCAAGGUCGAAGCCAACAUCGCUACCCUCGCCGCGGAGCCCGACCAGGAGGUCGACGAGCAGACCUCGAAACGGAUCGGCCGCAUGCUGGACAAGCACCUCAUGCCUCUGAUUUGCUUUACCUACAUCUUGCAGUCUCUGGACAAGGGUAGUCUGGGAUACGGUGCCAUUUGGGGCCUUCGAACUGAUCUUAGACUCACUGCCGAUGAAUACUCGUGGCUUGGUUCUCUGUUCUACUUUGGCUACAUGAUUUGGGAAUAUCCUAUGGGCUACGUUGCGCAGCACUACCACACCGGCAAAGUCGUCGCUUCUGUCGUCAUCAUUUGGGGCGCUUGUCUGAUGUCCACUGCUCUCUGCACGAACUUCGCUGGGAUCGCUGCACAGCGCUUCUUCCUUGGAUGUCUGGAGUCUGUCCUCACACCUGCCUUCGUCCUGAUCACGUCCAUCUUUUGGCUCAAGAAGGAGCAGGGCUUCCGCGUGAGCAUCUGGUGGUCGAUGAACGGAUUCGCUGGCGCGUUCGGUGGUCUUAUCUCCUUCUCUACCGGUUAUAUCCAGUACAAGAACAUUCCCAGUUGGAAAUGGAUCUUCAUCAUCAACGGCACCGUCACGAUUCUUUGGGGCAUUACUCUGUGGUUCCUGUUCCCGUCGAGCCCUCAAACUGCGCGUUUCCUCAAGGGUUCCGACAAGGAUGCCGCCGUCUAUCGUCUCAAGUCCAACAAGACCGGUACACGUAACGCUAUCGUCAAGAAGUAUCAGAUCAUUGAGGCGCUGGAUCCCCGCAAGGAUCCGCAGGGCAUCCUCCUGUUCUUCAUCUGCUUCUUCAACGAGUUCACCAACGGUGGCUACGGCAACUUCUCCUCCCUCAUCAUCGCCUCGCUGGGCUUCACCUCCCUCGAGUCCUCUCUACUCGGUAUCGCCACAGGGAUGGCCCAGGUCCUCUGGAUGUGGUCGGCCGGAUACGCGACAUACCGCUGGAAGAACAUGCGUAUCUACGCUGCCAUGGGCGCUCUCGUACCAUCCUUCAUCGGCUUUGUGCUCCAGAUCGCCGUUCCGGUCGGCUCCAGCAGCACCAUCAAGGGCAUCAAAAUGAUGGGUGUCUGCAUGAUGCCCGCGUACGCUGCCACUUGUGCCUUGACCGUCCAACUUCCUGCGCAGAACGCUGGUGGAUACACGAAGCGAACAACCCUCACCUCCCUUGCCUUCCUCGGCUACUCUGUCGGUAACAUCUGCGGCCCUCACGUCUUUUAUCCCGGUCAAACCCCGACUUACCUGACCGGUUUUGUCGCCGAUCUGGUGUGUUUCGCGUUCCAGUGGAGUCUCCUAUACACCCUUCGGGUUGUAUACAAGCGAGAGAACGCUCGACGGGAUAGGGAGUUUGGGAUCCCGGUCGAGGAGGACGGCGACGCUUUCACGGAUUUGACGGAUCGUGAGAAUAUGAGCUUCCGAUAUGCUCUUUAG